AACACUCUUCUUCUUGGACCACCCGAUUCCAUUAUUUGCAGGAUUUAAGCCUUGGUCAAAAUUCUUUCGGUAACUAAUUACGGACAAUCGAUUCUCCUGAAUGUCCUGCAUCUGGACGAAAGUGAAUUAUGGACUCUUGUUAACUGUGAAAUUGCAUGGUGCCCGGUUUGAACAAACCCAGACGGAAUUCCAUUUGGUGUUGUUUUUCUCCUACCAAUGAAAAUGUGGAAAAUAAUUGUGGCUGUGAACGAAGAUUGUGAUUUGUAGAUACUUUUGUUUUCAGAAGAAACAUACUGCUCUUGUGUAGUUGGUGGAUUAGGAUUUAAUUCAAAAACCGCUUGAAGUUUUCCGAUUUUACUUACAAACUACUUACAGUGUGAGUGAAGAAUUCAGUUCUAUGAAAAUUAUGUGACGAAGGAGUAAAACGAAAAUUUUCCCGUUCAUCGGGAGCAAAUGGAAGUAGGAACAUGCAAGCACUGGACGCGAGCCCCAUCAUACUUUUUUUGUUGGUGAAAAAGCCAUCAUCACUGUGCGAAUAAUAAAUUGAACCAAGUUCUUUUUAACCAUCGGUCGGAGUGAGCAAUCUGUCGAGUCUGUAAAGUGCGAGUCUCAUCAUCGCCGUCUACAGGUAUUAGCAAGAGUGGAGAGUAGAUAAAAACUAGGUGAAUUUGCAGUGAUAAAGAAAAGUUGAGUUUCUCGGGUGCUACCUGUGCGCUACCCCCGUUGCUGGAAGAUAACAGUAAAAAGUGUAUGCAUCGAAAAUGGUCAAAAUGUUCGAUCGUCUGACUCGUAGAAGAAGAACUUGUUCGAAUCGUCAGCAGCAGUGGGUGCCAGAGUGAUUGGGGGCACAGAGUAGUGUGUAGUAGAAGUGGGGAAGGAUUUUUUUUUUCUUUCUCGAGACCCCCAUAUUCUCUGACGAAGUACGUAUCCGUAUCGGCUGUAGCACACACAUACACAUAGAAACGAAAAUUGGUGACUCAAAUUCAUCGUCGCGAUCGUAGCAGCACAUCAUCGUCGUCGUUCCAGUGAGAAGAGUGGAUUUUUUACUUUGAUUUCGAAUUUUGCGGAAAUUGCCACCGAAGAAGAAGCGAAGAAAGAACUCGGGAAAAUGUGAACCGUGGAAAAGCGGAAGUUCGGGUGCGCGAGUGAGUGCAGUGUGCGAACCUAUUUUCUUCCUCUGCAGACAAUCGCAAUGACGAUCGCACGAAGAAGAGGAUCAUCGAUUCAAUUGUGUGCCGUGGGGUGGCCAAUAAUAGUGGUGUAGAAUAAGAAGAAGCAGGAGACAAGUGCUUCAAAGAAUCGAACCUAGAAGGAAGGUUUCCGAGCAGCGUGUCGUCUGGGGAGGACCCCAUAAAGUCGGGCCCCGCGGAGAGGAAAUCAGUGGUCCAUUUUUCUGCGAUUUUUCUUUCACUCGGUUUUUGGGAUUCCAAAGUGAAAGCACAGGUGUGUGUUAGUGGCGAUUUUUUUUUUUCUUUUGACAGCGCCGUGUGGCCGCUGAACAUAUUCAAUAAUAAUAAUAAUAUAAUCUCACAAUCUCCGUCGUCGUCGUCGUCGCCGUCGCCUUCGUCACGAAGAAAAAGAAGCAAUCGAAUAGUAUAUAGGAGUCUAAUAGCACACACAACACACGGGUGAGAGAUCCGAACAUCUAGCAAGUGGAGGCGAAAAAGAAGCUCCGUUUUUCCGGAUAUUAUUUUUCUUCGCUUUACGCUUUCCAAGAUGGCUCCGUCUCCGGAGCUCGGGGGUCAACCAAAGGCCCCCGAUAAAGCUGGAGAGGACCAAGCAAUCAAUCUGACGGCGGAAACGUCCCCGUCGUCCUCGUCAAACAGUAACAGUACUAAUCCCCAAUCGUCAGGAACGAAACAUUCAUCAUCUGCGGCGGCUGCUGCUGCAGGACCAGUAGCAUCGUCAAAUUCGGUCUCCGGCGUUUCCAAUAGCUCAUCGGGUGGAGCCGCUGCCAUAGGCACAUCGGCUCUAGCAGCUCCUCAGCAGGACAGCAGUAAGAUCGAUAAUAUGGAGGAGAGUGAUCUCAAGGCGCUUCUGGAGGAAGCCAUCACCUACAAACGUCCGAAGGAUCGGGAACACAAAAGUGCAACGUUCAAUGAACUUCUCAGCAAGACAGAGAUGGAAGACCAGGAACAGAACUUUCCCUUCACAAGCCGUGCGGUGCAGACAAAGCGUGCCUCGGGCCGGCCCACGCAGGGCGGCUCCCUGCAGGACCUCCCGGAAGCCAGCCUGCAGGACUAUUACUAUUCGGAGUUUUCGUUCGCGACCGACUACUAUAGCAACCGUGGCGGCGGACAAAACUUCCGACGGCACCACGGUAGCAGUUCCGCGUCCAGCUCCGGUCCCGGUGGGGGCGAUCGGGCCACAAACCCACGCCAGAAGCGAACCACCAGUUCGGUCUCGUCCCGGCAGCGCGAAGGCGGCAGCUUGCCGAGCAACGUCAACGUUGAGUGCCCGUUCUUUAACGACGUCGGCCAUCACCACACGACUGGAACGAUUACCAAGUUCAAGAAGCGAGAAGGUGGCUCCAAAAGCGACUAUGGCACGAUGGUGCUGACGGCGCCCCUGAUGACCAGUGCCGGAGCGGCAGAACUGAUUAGCGCCGUUGCCGAAGCUGCCGGUAGUACCGGCCUGUGCGGUGGCAUGAAAAAUACAGAAUCUCAGCUAAUCGACGGCUGCGGAGGAGGUGUCGGCUCGGGGCACACCGUAAUCGAUAUGGGUGAGCUGGAGUCGGACGAAACGCAGCACCUGUUGGCGCAUGACGCCCUGCAACAGACCUUGUACGAUUCGGGUCUGGACGACUACGAUGGAAGCGGGGGCGAUCUGUAUGGAAGCAGCACGACCACGAGCGGCGGCAGUAGCACUACCGGCGGUGCUGGCAGUGGCGGUUGCAGUGCAAUAAAAAAGAUUCCACGCUAUCCGGCAGCCAGUUACACUAGUCACGCCAAGCUGGAAAUCGGAGACCCCUCGUCGACGGUACGACCCUCAUCGGUGCACCACGUCGACAAGACCGUCUCGCUGCCGCUGCUGGAGAGCAACAAGAGCGUGGACAUUACUCCGAUCCAGCUUGGUACGAACUACCAGGCCGUCAAGUGUUUCGUGUCCAGCGACAACAGCAAGAGCGACCAAACCAAGCAUGUGAUGAUGGGCACGAUCAGUGCCAACAAUACCAAAUACAUCACCACGCCGAGUAUUGGUCAGGUGUUUCCACAGGCAAAAGGUCUCGACGAGAAUGGUAACUCGGUGCAGCAGUUCAACAGCGGCCUUGGAUCGUCGUCUUCGUCUGCGGGAGCUGCAAGUGGUUUGGUCGUCGGUAGUGGAAACACUUCUUCGGUGGGGGGCGGUAUCGCCGGUGGUAAGAAAAAUAGGAAGCCGAAAUCGGACCGCAAUACGGUGCUAGUGAUACCGGAGAAGAUUGCUGGGUACCGUGGCAAGGAUCACGACAUUGAAUCGUUGGUUUGUUAUAUCGAAAACAAGGACAAACAGAAGGAUAAUAGCAGUAAGGGGGGAGGAGGGGGAGGGGCAAGUGGAUCGAAUCCUAAAAAUGGAACGGUGGUGAAGGUCGGUAGUGCCAGUGUGGAAAAUGGGGUUCCCGACGAGAAAGUGUCAAAGAAGAAGAAUGAAAAGAAGAAGGAGAAAGCCAAACUGAAGAAGAGUAAUUCUUUGGAAGAGUUGAGUAGUUGCAGCAAGAAGAAGCAACAGGCGGAAGAGGAGCAGAAUACUCAGCAGAAUCAUGUAGUGGAACAGCCGGGAUCAACGCCCAAGGCACAGGAAGCGGAAUCGGCUGUGACGCUGAGGAGUGGUAAGGGCAAUAAGAAGACUCAAAAUCAUACGAGUGGCAGUGUGAUAACUUCGGUGUCGUCCGCUUCGUCGACGGCGUCUUCACAAUCUUCUAAGGAAACAUCAGCCAACGGUGGCAAGCGUGGUGAACGGCGGUCAUGGGGAACGGAAGAGCUUAGCUAUCUGGAGGAUAGUCACCAGCAGCAAUCGCUGUGCGGUGAGAAGCCAGAGGAGAAGCCUUCGAAGAAAGAGAGUAAGAAAGAGGCCAAAGAAAGUGCUGAAGUUACAGUGACACCUACGUUCAAUGCAGGUAAGAAGCGCGAUUCGCUACGGAUGUCUGUGGAAUCGUUAUCGGCAGUUAGCGUAGGGGCUGGAGCUGAAACAGCCGAGUUCCACGUGGUAACCAAAAAGAAAAAGAUGAAGAAAAAGGCUCACAGUUUAUUUGCCGAAGAUACGACUUCCACGACAACUGGUGGCUACUCGAAUGUGGCAACAAAUGCGGGCAAUAGACGUCAUUUAACUGCUAGCCAAAGCUACAAUCUGGGAAGCUCAACCGUACGGAAUGCGAAUAUUAGCGGAAAGUAUCAAACUAGCAAUAGCUUCACGAACGAUCGGGAUGUCUACAUGAACUCGUUGACCAGCAGUAAUGACGUCUCCCGAAGGAAAUCGACGUCCUCGGUUCCACCGUCCGAAAAGUCUGAUUCAAGUGAUGCCGACUCGGUGCAAUCGCUCCCCAUUGAACCAUCUCGGAAACAACAGCAACAACAGCAGUCCCAUUCGGGUGGAUCCAGCAGGCAUUCGGCAGGAGUUCCCCAGUCGUACGCUGACAUUGCUCGGAUUCCGAACGCCGACCGAAUCAACAACAAUCUAAUUGGAGCUACUUCCAACAGCAGCACGUCCCCGUUGGAUAGCUCCAGUGUCGAAAAGUGGCCUCCAGUGCAGCCGGCCACUAGCGAAGAUUUAGCUCAAGCACUCAAAUCUCCGUCUGCUUUCCCCGAACUAGUCCCAGAAGCAUCGCUGCAGCCAUCUCAACAGCCGCAGCAGCCACCACAACCGAAUCAGCAGCAAUAUCAACAGCAUCAGUAUGUGAAUAGUAGUGUUAAUAGUGUUAGUAGUAACAAUCUAGGUAACAAUAAUAAAGCGACUUACUCUCAGAGUCUGCUGAUAGCUACCACCAAAGCGGCGGAGGAUGAGGAAUCCGCCAACAGGCAGCAACAGCAGCAGCAGCGAUUGGCAACGGCGGCCAGUGGAAAACUAGUUAGUAGCGUUAAUAGUGAACAAAGUGUAAAUAGUAGUAGUAUCAACAAUAGUAGCAACAGUAGCAGCAGCAGCAGUUCUAAACUAGCGUUACACAAAUCGAAAAGCGUCGAUACUAACGAUAUCUACUACUCCAACGAACACUACCCUGCGCUGGAGAAGACUGUCAAAUCGGCAAAAGUGGCUCCCACUGUUACUGCGAAUAGUAACAGCCUGCUAGAACCGAAAGCUUCCUGCACCGGUGGCAAGGUGAGCCCGGUAGCCAGUGCCGGUCAGAAUAUGUCCCCGCAGCCUACGAUUACGCCGACGGCGACUACGAUGGUUAUCUCCGGUAACCCUAUCGCCAGUAACGUUUCGACAGGUGCCAAAAAAUCGAAAAAGAAAGACUCACUCACAAAUACUACCACCACCGUCAUCGCCGCCACUGUCUCUCCCAACGAAGUGGAAUCGAUCAACAAUGCCCGGAAUGUGGCAGCGUUCCAAACGGCCCUGGACGCCGCCAACAACAACCAGCUGUUGAUUGAGAGUAUCGACAGCGUUCCCUCCUCGGACUUUAGUCAAAAUAACGGUAUGCUGAACCGAAGCCCCAACGGUGGUUUGAACCUGCAGCAGCACCCACAGAGUACACCGAAAAACAGUAGUAAUAUCGCUAACUCGGUUCCUUCCUCCACCAGUACCACUGCGGUUACCACGAAGCGAAGCAAGAAGGAGAAAUCGACCACUCUCAAUCACCAGAAUUCUGUCUCUGCUAUCAAUGCUGCCGGAUCAAAUGCCAUUUCUGCUGCGACUGCCAUCUCAAAUCAUCGCCCGGCCGUGAUCAUCAUGAACGACAACAACGAAUCCAACUCAAGUCACGAAUUUACCUUCGGUUUCGACAUUGACCAAGAGCUGCUCUUUGGCGACUUCCAAGAGGACGAAGUGAGCAUGCUCGACCAGCAGUCUUCACAGCACCAAUAUCAUCAGCACCAGCAGAAGCCUUCUCAGCAUCACAGCAGUAGCACCGAAAAUGUUCCUUCCCCGGCGAGUAACACCUCGGCACAUUCGACUGAUCUUGGCUACAGUUCAAUGCAGCAAUCGUCCGCUUCGACCGCAUCACCGACAUCUUCCAAUUCGUCACAACACAAACCACACCACCAUCACUAUUACAAUCAAUCUUCUCAGCAGCAGCAACAGCAGCAGCAGCAGCAGCAUGAUUCAUACGAUAUGCUAAACAACUCUGGUGAUCCUGACACCUAUCGGGACAGCAUCGAGAACAAAUUCCAUCAGCCACCGCCGCCGAUGGUUCCGGCAAUGUACACGCAGCCUCCGCCGCAGCUCCCGCCACCACACGUACUGGCUGCUGCUCAACAGCAACAGCAAUCAGCUCGCCAACCUCGCCCGGCAGCGACCGGCCCGAAUCACUACAAUCUGCCACCGCCUCCAGUGAUUCAGGCCCACAUGCAGCAGCAGCAACCUCCGCCAGCGCUUCCAACGUUACCAGUUGCCGCUGCCAAGCAGGACAGCGCCACGAACACGCCAGCCAUAAUGAGCGUUCCACCGCCUCCGCUUCCACCGGUAGUCGUCCCGGCGACGACGAUACCGAUUGUGCAAGCAGUCAUCAUACCACCAGCUGGACCGCCACCGGUUGCAAUGAACAAUACAACCACUUCCAGUAGCAAUACCUCUGCCUUGGGUUGCAACAACAGCACCAGCAGCAACAGCAACAACAGCAGCAGUAGCAAUAUACAUACUAGUCUCAACAACCAAACCGUGGCCAGUUGUAGUGGCAGCAGUAGCAGCAUCAACAGCUGUUCCUCUGCGUCCCUCCAGCAGGAACCCAAGCCGAAGAUUAAGGAAAUCAACUUGCGGUUCAUUGCACCCGAGCCGCUGCUGACCAAUCACAACCACGAUAAGAUUGUAAAUUUUGUCGGAAUGGCAUGGGAGGACGUCAUCUGCGGCAGCGCCCAAUAUUACGAGGGACAAUAAGAAAGCUGGCGAAUCCUACUAAAACUGCGCAUGUGAAAAGUGUAAGCCCAGAUUAGGAACUGCGCUGAACGAAAGUGGUAUGAAGGAGAAUGGGGGAAAAGUUACAAGACUAAAAUCGAGCAGCAACAAGAAUCUAUGUCAUUGUAGAAGUAGUAGAAAAGAGUCAUAACAAAACUAAAUAACAAAAAAAAAAAGAGAAUCAAACAAUAAGUAAUUGCAACGUUAGAGUUGCAACAAAAAAAAAAUGCCAAGCAUUAAGUGAAAAAAAAAAAAUAAUAAGAAAGCUAAAGUUCACAGGAAAUGUGCGUGCGUAUCUUGGAAAAGAUGACCGAACUGAAUGAAGAAAGAGUUGAGAUAAUCACACACAUUCAUACAUACAAACAGCCACCCACACAUACACAUGGCUAGGAGCAGAGCAGAGGACACAGUUUAGGAUUAUUUGUUUGUUUUCCUUUCGUUGAGAAGACUCUCAAGGGAAGUAGCCCCCCCAGUGUAGAAUGCAGCUUUCUCCCUAUUGUUAUUACCGCUGGUGAAGAGCUUAUAGUUUUUAAUCGAACAUUAUUUGCCUGCUUUUGUGUGUUGCUACGCUCUGAAGGAAAUUCUAAAUUGAAGGAUGAAAAAUAAAACUUCUGUUUUGUACAGUGUUACGAGAGUGCGAAGAAUGGCAUCAGUCAUGGCGCUUGCUUCAUUUAACAAUUAUCGAUAUAAUAACAUAUUGUUUAUUUCAUUCAAGAUUCAUAGGAUUUUGUUUCGCUUAUGGAGCUGAUUAAGGUAGUUGAUGCGAGAAGAAGGAUGAUUGCAAAAGGAAAGUGAGAGCGUUUUGAUUUUGUUUGGAACGAGUGAAUGUAUGUGAGUGGAUGGUAAAUAGUUACAAAAUAUCGGUUUUUCUAGUGGUUAAUAGGGAACGAAAAUAAAUUCGUUAUGUUUUCUCAAGAGAUGUGUAUGUGUGUGGAGGAGGACAUAAAAGGCAAACCAGCGGUAAGCGACAACAACCACUACUAGAAUGAAACUGCUCUGAGCUAUGAGGGAGAGAGGGAGAGCUAGUGGAAGAGGGAACGAAACAAGUGUCCGAUAACACCCAAUGUGAUUUUUUAGUAACUAAUCAAUAGAUGAAAAACGAAGCAAAAAAGUAAAACGAAAAAGGGCUUUGGCGCUGCUGGUUGAGGAGGAGCAGACCAUUGAUGCCCAGCUCGAGAAAAAAAAUCCAUAAAAUAACAAAAAACAAAAAGAGGAAACAAGGACUGCUGCAGCUUAAAAACUGUAUCAAAGUUACUGACUGUAUUUAAGAAUAUAUAAAGAAGGAAAUAAAUUAUAUUUAAAGAAAUGAAAAAAAGAAACAUAGAAUGCUUACAUAUUUAGUAACUAAUAGCAAAAAAAAAAUCUAAACAAGCAAACGCUCUCGCAUGAAGGAGAGAAAAUGUUGCGAAACAAUAGACGGAGAAAAGAGAAU